GGAGGUUUUCCUGGUGCCCACAAGGCCUCAGCGUCCAGAGCAGCUCUUGGUGUGCUCCUUGCAGGAGGAUUACCUCGUCUGAGCUGUUCUCAGAUUACAGACAGUGUUGUUUUGUCUCUGUAUUUGCUUGCACAGUCCUUGGACUGGUGCAAGUGUCCUGUUUUUCCCCUUUUUACUUGCACAGUCUCAGGACUUGUGCAAGUGUCCUGUUUUACCCCUUUUUUACUUGCACAGUCUCAGGACUUGUGCAAGUGUCCUGUUUUUCUCCUUUUUACUUGCACAGUCUCAGGACUUGUGCAAGUGUCCUGUUUUACCCCUUGUUACUUGCACAGUCUCAGGACUUGUGCAAGUGUCCUGUUUUUCCCCUUUUUACUUGCACAGUCUCAGGACUUGUGCAAGUGUCCUGUUUUUCCCCUUUUUACUUGCACAGUCUCAGGACUUGUGCAAGUGUCCUGUUUUACCCGUUUUUUACUUGCACAGUCUCAGGACUUGUGCAAGUGUCCUGUUUUCCCCCUUUUUACUUGCACAGUCCCGGGACUUGUGCAAGUGGGGAUUUUUUCCAUUGUUGUUUCCUGGCCUACGGACUCGAGCAGCCCUGCUCAAAGGAUGGAGCGAGUCCGUAGAGCAGUCAGAAGCGCCUUUUCAUUGGCGGCUUCUCGGAAAGCUUUUCUUCAUUUGGCUGCUCGCCUCAGAGGUGGAAGGAGUCAAGCGCGCGCUUCGGUUCCGCUAGGAGAGGAUCUUGCCAGUCAGGACUCCUGGGCCCAGGCAGGAAAGGCGGAGGGGCAGGAGAGCACGGACGGAGUGCACGGCGCCCAGGAGUUCAGGUGGAAGGAGUUGGCUGCAUUUGAGAGAAAGCGCCACUCCUCACUGGAGAGGGUGUCUGAAGUGGCGGCAGCGACAGCGGAGGAAUGGCAGCCUCAGAGGGAUCUGCUGAAGGAAGCGGUUCCUCUGGCAGUGCCAAAGGUUUUCCGGCGGCAGCGGCCAGCCCACAGGGGCCUGGAGAAGCUGCUGCAGGAGUUCUCCUGCCAAGGGCACACCCUGUCCCAGGUGUGCAGAGAGAAGGCGGUGAUGGCACAGGAGAACGCUGCCCUGGAAGCCCGACUGGCAGCCACGGAGCGGGACCUGCGAGGCCUUUCAGAGCAGCUGGCAGAGGCCAGAUGUUUGUCGGACAGAGAAACAAAGAGAUACAAGCAAAAAGGGAAGGAUACUGAGCAAUUGCUCUUCAUCUUCACGCCUUGUAGGUCAGAGAAGGAGAGCCUGCAAAGCAGCCUGCUGGAGGCACAGCAGCACAUAUGGGAGCUGGAGAUGGCCAGGAGCCGUGUGGAAGCCCAAGUGUGCAGGGCCAGGCAGGCCAAGGAGGCGAUACUGGAGGAUGUGAGGGGCCUUCGUCGUGAGCUGCUGGCUGUAAGAGCUCUCAGCCAGCAGCGAUGUGAAGACAUGGCUGAACAGCUCCGCUGGGCACAAGAGCAGUGCUGCAAGGCUCUGAGACUCUGGCAGUCUGCCCAGGAAGAGGAAAAAACGAAUCUCAUGCAAGAACUGGAGAGACAACUGGAAGAGCAGCAUGUGGAGGCAUGGAAGCAGCUGGAGGAACGGGCAAACUUCCUGGCAGAGACCUCCUUGCUGUGCUCCACUGGCGGGGAAAUGAAGAAGGGACAAUUGGGAAAAUCUUUAAUCCCCCGUCUGUGCAAGGCAGGAAUUCCCCCUGUGGGCAGUGCUGCUGGGUCUGUGCACAGCUCUCCAAAGAUGGAAUUGCAGGAGUCCCAAGAGAUGAGGGCAAGACCCAGCAGCAGAAGCCAAGAGAAGACCCCGGAGCAUGCAAGCCUCUCACUGAGUCAGGCCAAGGAGACAGAUCAUCCCAGCAGUCCUGGUCUUAGGAGUGACAAGGAGCGGAGGGACAGCUUUGGAAAGACCCACGCUGAAUUGUGCAGGUUGGCUAAAGAGAACUUAGAGCUGAAGAAAAUGGAGAUUUUGAUGGAAGAGAUGAAGAGGAGACAAAAUGAAAAAUCCUUGCAACUUCCUCCAGAGACAUUUGAGCCUGGGGAUGCAGCUGAAGCAAGCUUCAGCCUACCACCUAUCAAUGGCACAGUUUCCAGUGUACAGAGAAAAGACCCUGGUAGCGCCAUGAAGAAAACGGUCGUGAGAAAGCAGGACACGGUGCCCUUACAGCCCAGUACGCCCACCCUCCCUGGAGAUGGCAGCUUCCCACGCAGCUCCUCGGAGACCUCGCAGACAGCCACUGGUGCCCAGUGCCAAGAGGAGCCGCUCCGUGGGCACAGGCAGAAGGACAGAGCCUUUUCGGACCCACAGCAGGCCUUGCAGGAGGCACUGUCCUUGCUGGGCAGCGACGACUGGGAACAGAAGAAGAAGGGACUCUUGAACAUCACACUGCUGGCUGAGUCCCAUUCAGAAGUCCUGCUCUGUCGACUUCGUGAGAUUUGCUUGGCAGUUACCAGUGAGGUGACCAACCUCCGGUCCAACGUGUCCUGCUCUGCAAUUGUCACUCUGGGAGAGCUCUUUGCGAUCUUGGGGAAGGACAUGGACUCCGAGGUGGAUCAGAUUGCUGCAGUCCUUCUCCACAUGUUGCGGAACUCCCCAGAGUUUAUUCAGAAGGCAGCCUGUCAGAGCCUGGGGAUGAUGGUAGAGAACGUGACUCCUACACGAGCAAUGACUGCUCUCAUGGACAAUGGAGUCAAGAGCCGCUACGUCCCGGCGCGGAAGUGUACGGCCGAACUCCUCCUGUCCUUGAUGGAGAAAAUGGGAGUCACGAAGCUUGCAGGCACACCCAGGGCUGAGAGGCUGGCACAGGUGGCAGGGACACUCGCUCAGGACAGUCACAAGGACACGAGGCAUUAUGGACAGGAGAUGGUGAAGAUGUUGCUUAGUAAUCAAAAAUUUAAAAAGCUUUUGGAACAAUCUCUUUCAACGCAUGACCUGGAAGAUAUCCUGAAGAGAAUUAAGAAGAAAGAAUACUGCCCUGCUGUCAAGCCCUGUGGAGCUGGAAGAAGCUUGGGGAUGGAAAACAACAAGGCUGAACUCCCACCUGUGCAGGAGCCGGUGAAGAAGAGGAAUGAUGGCUCCCAGAAGCCCCAGGCCACAUCACCUCCUAGCAAACGGGCAAAGUCUGCCACUGGUGGACGCCGCCUACACCGUGCAAGAGCCCAGGUCACGUUACCUGCAUCUGUGGAAGAAAGGGAGCUGCUCCAGAAGCUUUACCAUCUGCUGGAAGCCAAGGCGUUCCAGACACGGAUGGAAGGAGUGGCACUCCUCCUAGACCUGUCCAAAACCAGACCCCAGCUCAUCUCCACUAACAUUGUCCAAAUUUUUGAUUAUUUUGGCCUGAGAAUCUGUGACACACAUAAGAAAGUGAAGCAGAAGGCGCUGGAGGCGCUGGCAGAAAUCAUAGGACUGCUGCAGGAUGCCAUGAACCCAUUGAUGAUCCGUUUGGUUGAAGGCAUAACAAAGAACCUAAACUCAAAGGAUCCCGGGGUUCAUGCUGCAGCUAUGACGGCACUGGACCAAUCUGUUGUGCAUUUAGAUGAAGUAUCACUGAUGAAAGAGCUCUGCCACCAAUGGAGACGACUGAGUGGCCAAGCUCUGCUGGAUGUCACGGAGCGUAUCACAGUGCUUGUGGAAUGGGCUCAUGCCAGGAGCCCUGAAGCGGUCGAGCGCUACGCCCUGCCCGUGCUCUGGUCCUGCCUGGAGAACAAGGCGCUGCCUGUGCGAAGCGCCAACGUCUGCGCUGUGGUCACCAAGCUGGCCUGUGCCCUAUGUGAGGCACUGGGCAGCCAGAUCAUUAAGUUUGCUGACAGCACACCUCCACACGUGCAGGAAAACCUCAACAGCCUUCUGGGCUGGUGAAGGUUUGAUGUUCUCCAGAAAGCGGACAAAUUUCUGAGCUGGACACCACCAGACGUGACUUUUCAGCUGUGCCAGAAAUGACAAAAUACUAAGGAAGGGUGUGCAUCUGCCCCCACUCUGUUGUGCAUCUGCCCCCACUCUGUUAUCAGCAUUGCCCUUCCUAGUCAUGACAUGGGGGGCCUGAAGCAACUGCAGACUGAUGACAAGGUGAAGAUGAAGUAUGGAUCAACCUCAAGUGAACCCAGACUGAGGAAAAGGUGAAGACUAAGCAUGAAUCAGCCUGAAGCAACUGCAGACUGAGGACAAGGUGAAGACCAAGCAUGGAUCUGCCUCACACAGAGAUACGACCGGCUACAGUCUUUCCAAGAAGUUUUCUCUGGACAUUUCCACUAUUCCCUUACCAGGAAAGUCCUUGCCUGCAGUCCAGAAGCGCCCUUUCUCCAAGAUCAGGAAGAAGCUGCCGACUGUCCAAAGAAUAUUUCAAGUUAGGAUUUAGGCUUUAGGAUUAUCAAGAAGAGGAUUCACCAAGAAGAGCAUUCAUCAAGAAUAGGAUUCAUCAACUAUAGGAUUCAUCCAGAUUAGGAUUCAUCAAGAAUAGGAUUCACCCAGGUUAGAAUUCAUCAAGAAUAGGAUUAUCCGCAAUAGAAGUUAGGAUUUUGGAAUAGGUUUAGGCUUCAUAGUUACGGAUGUAUCUGUGUUCUGAUAGUUUUGAAUAAAUGUGUUUGAUUGUAUAUUUAAA